CUGAUGGCAAGUCUCUUUUUUUGUGGUUGCUGUUCAUGUUGUAUACAAACAUAGGUUCUUAGAAAAAAAUACACACCGAGUUAUACCCGUGGGUAUUUUGCCCCGGGCUGCGUCCGUUGGGUUCCUUGUGGCAGCAGCAUGAGUUUAUGUCGAGUUGUGUUAGUGCAGAGCCGUGUUGCUGGGCCUGUGGCACACAGAAGCGAGUCACCGCGAGAGGGAGGGACUUAGGCAGCAGCACAAUGCUGGUGUUUGUCCAACGGCUGGCUCUCUCAGAUCGCUCUCGCUCGACUACCAUUGCUGCACACACUGUUGAAGUGAAAGAAAGUGGACAGCUUGAUCCAGUGUGUGGGAUGCACCGACAAAGGGUGUGGGGGAUUUGAAGUCGAAUUUUGCUGUGAGCUACAACAAAGCAGGAAGGCGGCCCACAAGACACAGAUUCAACAGAUUCCGUUGUGGUUUCAACAGAGAAAAAAAAAGGGCGCCCGCCCCCGCAGCACGAAGGGGAACGGAGGCGGUCCCUCUGCUGCCAUAUUAAAAGGAGCAGUGAUCUGCAUUUGUGGCGUGGGCGGGCAGGUGAGGGUUAAGCUGUGGUUGACAACAUUAGGCGGCGGGCCAAAGUGCGGGAGGGAAGAGGAAAAGGAAGAGGAAGAGGAGGGGUAGACGGAGGAAGAGGAGGAGGAGGAGUAGUGGUCUUGGGCCUGCAGCCCAAACACAAGCAGGAUGGCGGAGAAGAAAGUUAGCAGCCUCCCUGCUAAGCUGAUUAAUGGGGGCGUGGCAGGCCUGGUCGGUGUGACUUGUGUAUUUCCUAUUGACCUGGCCAAGACCCGCCUACAGAACCAGCAGGGAGUCCAAGUCUACAAUGGAAUGUUGGACUGCCUCGCAAAGACGAUCCGCUCGGAGGGCUACUUCGGAUGCUACAGAGGCGCCGCGGUGAAUCUCACACUUGUCACGCCGGAGAAAGCCAUCAAGCUGGCCGCCAACGACGUCUUCAGACAGAAGCUCUCUAAGGAUGGGCAUUUACCCCUGUGGGGGGAGGUGCUGGCAGGUUGUGGGGCCGGGACCUGUCAGGUGGUCGUCACCACUCCUAUGGAGAUGCUUAAGAUCCAGCUGCAGGAUGCAGGAAGGCUCGCGGCCCAGAGGCCUGUUACGACUCCGGCUCAGGCGGCAGCCUCUGGUACAGCUCAAUCAUUGGGCCCCCCCCCAACAGUGAGGCCUCCCCCUCCCCAUCCCCCUCCCCCUCGGACCUCGGCCACCAGCAUCACUGUGCAGUUGCUGAAGACUCGUGGACUGGCAGGCCUCUACAGGGGGGCAGGAGCAACCUUAAUGAGGGACGUGCCCUUCUCAAUGAUCUACUUCCCGCUGUUCGCCAACCUGAACGCGCUGGGCCGGGAGACAGUGGGUGACGUGCAGACUCGGGCGCCGUUCUGGCAGUCUUUUGUGUCAGGCUGCGGCGCAGGCUCAGUGGCAGCUGUGGCUGUAACACCGUUGGACGUCAUAAAGACUCGCCUGCAGACCUUGCAAAAAGGCGACGGCGAGGACACGUACAAAGGGAUUGUUGACUGCACGCGGCGCAUCAUGAUGCGCGAGGGCCCAUCAGCGUUCCUGAAGGGUGCCGCAUGCCGCGCACUGGUCAUCGCUCCCCUUUUUGGCAUCGCCCAGGGGGUCUACUUCCUCGGGGUGGGGGAGACGCUGCUAGGUCUGCUGGGAUAGCAGUGCUCGGCUUCGGUGGAUGUCCCUCGUCGCUGCUGCUUUAUUCUGCAGUUGAAUGAAUGACACAACUGGGUGAACGCUGGAUGCAGAGAGAGAGAAGGGGGGGGGAGGGGGGACACGGCCGCGAUCUGCCAACCAAAGGAAGGGGUGUGGUCUCUCAUUGGAAGGGGUCUAUUUGCUAACACGUGGACCAGCGGGUUCUAAUCACUAAUCGAGUUUCUCUAGGUUGUUACGUGCCGUCAACAGGGUCACGUGUAGGUGUGUGAGCAAGCUGAGCGUAUGGGUUCAUAAAGGUCGGGUCGAUCCAAGGAGUUGGCUGCGUUAUGUGUGGGUUAGGGUUCGGGUUAGGCUCUCACCUGAGGGGGCAAGAUGUGUGUCAUCAUGACGAGGAAGUGUGCACUGUCCUAUGUAAGUGACAAAGUCCCCCUUUAAUCUUCAUCAGCAAAUUACAUUGCGUCCCAGUGAACGUCGCAGCGUGAACUGGCAUCGAAUGCAAAAGAUUAGACUUGUUUGGCGUGUUUCUCUGAAAAAAUGAGCUUAAUCUCCUUCGGCCUGCCCUCUCAUGCGUUCCUCCCAAUCCCCGAGGUCUGAUUUGUAAUCUUGGAUUCUCCCAGUAGAUUGGGAGGUGCCGGCUGCCAGGAACUCUCAAGUCAGUCGUUAAUCUGAUGGUGAUGCUUUAAUCCCGGCAUUAACGUACGACGUACCCUAACACACAGCUCACUUUGCUGCUCAGGUCAGGUUAGACUGCUGAAUGUCUCGUAGCCUUCACUUCCUCUUCUCCACACAGCUUAAAUAAAACCCUUGAAGCAUAUAUUACUGUGUUAGAAAAAAAAAACUGCUUUGCUUUAAAUCAUGUGCAAAGAAAACAAUUAAAUUAAAGCCUUAUGAGUGCUGGUUGUUCUUCAAUCAUAAAACCUGUAUGUCUUGAAUGAAUUCAGUGGAAUUGGGAGUUUGGGAUCAUUGAUUUGGUAAGUGAGUCCAACAUAGCGAGGACAAUUCUAUUUGUUAGGCCCAUGGACGAGUACGGCACCUUGUCCAACUGUUUGCCAUCACUUAAAUCCACUGCGUGGCACUAAAAUAUGUUUUUUUUUUUACAUUUUUAAUGUAAGACACAUUCUGAUGUGGCUGUUGUACCAAGGCUACUACAUUUUCCUCUUUGUAGAUUGAACAUAGCCUGAGUAAAAGGUUUGUUUACACGCUGUAAAUAAAGAUAUCUCCUACAUUCUCA